AUGUCUGAUCGCCGCAGCCUCCUCGACCUCCCACCAGAGCUCUGGUCUCACAUCGGCAAACUCUCGACCGACGCCUGGAUCGAGGAUUGGUGGAGUCCCUUUCACAGCCUCAGCGAGAGCUUGGCUCAGCCGCCAAUCGCCCAAACCUGCCGUACCUUACGAGGAAAGCUUCUGCCAUAUUUCUUCAGGAGGAACGAGCUGUUCACCGAUUGCUGGAAGCGGGGUUAUAAGUGGACCGAGUGUGGUCGGUUUCUGAGAGCACUCGAAAGGGGCACGAGGAGACUUAUCGGAGGCUGGAAGGUCCAAGUCGGAUCUGGAAAGUACGCUGAGGAAGAUCUUGAAACAAUGAAGGAUUACAUGGACACAACGUGGAGCGUUGAGUAUGAGCUUGAGCUCUGUCCUGUCGCGACAAAUGAUGUGAAUUUAGUGUAUCGAGUCAAGUUCUUGUAA